GAUUUUUUCCCAUCUCUUUGAUUCAUCCCCAUACACAACAACACAGUGCUACUUCCCUUUCUGUGGGAUUUCAGGCGUUGCGGCAUGAACGCACCGACCGGGAACGAAGCUAUGUCGACAGAGAUAAUGCAUGCCGAUGUGAAUAGUCUUUUAAAACCCACGAAAAUGCGCAAAUAGUGUUUAUUUUUAAGAUAAAAGAAGAAGACGGGACGGGUUGGGAACGUGCGCUGUGGCAUUCUGCUUCUGUUCACCUAGAUUUGAGCACAGCUAAUGGGGAUAUCGCACAGUCGGACACAAAGCUACAGCGCUCAAGACCAGACCAUCUACUUCCUCUCGUGUCGGCGACUCCGUCCUGUCGUGUUGGAUGCAGCUUAACAAGCAGAAAAAGAGAAAGAAAGGAUUUCUCUCGCUCCAGUGGACUAGAUUGUAUUCGGAAUGAUGAAAAAGUGAACUUGAAUAGUAGCAGAAACCAAAGAAACACGUGAGACGGACAGAUAUAGUUUGUGGGAGACUUCAGGCGGAAGUAGACGCCGGCGUUUACCGCGUGGCGUCGUUGGUCGGGUAAGAAAACGGGUCUUCCUGUAGGAUGACCAGCCUUUUCCGACGCAGCAGCAGUAAUGGAGGGUCUCGGAGUGGCGGGGGCUCGGCUACAGGUGAGCUCAACAACUCCAGGCCCAACCGGCAAGUUCGACGGCUGGAAUUCAACCAGGCAAUGGAGGACUUUAAAACCAUGUUCCCUAGCAUGGACUAUGAGGUGAUCGAGUGCGUACUGCGCUCCAAUAAUGGAGCUGUGGAUGCCACCAUCGACCAACUCCUGCAGAUGAGCAUUGACGGGCAAGGCUCAGAUGACAGUUCGGAUUCGGAUGACAGCAUCCCACCAGAGAUUCUUGAGCGGACCCUCGAGCCAGACAGCUCAGAUGAAGAGCCGCCCCCUGUCUACUCACCACCAACAUAUGACAUGCACAUAUAUGACAGGAAGUACCCGGAUGCUCCUCCUGUUCCUCCACCCAGAUUUGAGGCCCAACCUCCCCCUGGACACAGACAAGUGCAAGGUUACAAAAACUGGAACCCACCAUUACUUGGCAAUUUGCCUGACGACUUUCUACGAAUCCUGCCCCAACAGUUGGAUAGUAUACAGGGCUCUCAGAGUAGCAUCUCCAAGCCCUCUUCCUCCACCUCCUCCUCCUCAGCGCCCCAGAAGGUCCCCACUGUGGCAGCAGCAGCAGGAACAGGUGGCGCGUCAGAGCAGGAACGCAAAUUGAAGCAAUAUUUGGAGGAUGAGCGAAUUGCACUCUUCCUGCAGAACGAGGAGUUCAUGAAGGAGCUGCAGAGAAACCGAGAGUUCCUCAUUGCGCUAGAAAGAGAUCGAUUGAAAUACGAGUCAAAGAAAUCCAAAUCCAGUCAUUCAUCAGCUAGCAUGGAGAACUCCACAGGUGACCACUAUGCUUCCGGGUCUGUAGAGGCCUGCACAGCAGUCUCAGAUGACGCUCUGUUCAGAGACAAGCUAAAGCACAUGGGGAAAUCAACCAGGAAGAAGCUGUUCGAAAUUGCCAGAGGCUUCUCAGAAAAGACGAAGCGGAGGAAGUCUAAAAGAAGAACGCUGCUACGGCAUCAUUCAUUGGGCACUGCCAACUCCACUGCCAACCUCCUAGAUGAUGUGGAAGGAAACCCAUGUGAUGAAGAAAGUCAGUUUAGACGAUUGGCUGCGCAGGAAGAGGAGGAGCCACAUAAGGAACCACUAUCAUGAUCCCUCUGUGCUCUUGGGAAAUUAGGGUUUCCAUGGUGACCUCAGAAUGACCCAUGGCUGAUAGCGUCUUAUCUCAGUGGCUCCAGUGCUUAGCUAAGUGCCAGGCAUUUGCAGACACCAGAGGAACAGCCUCCCCCAGACCAGCCGAGGCAGGACUGCGUCAUCAUUUUGUAGCAGCCUUUUUGCGAGCCUAAGAAUAUUGUUACCUACAUUUGAUUACUAUUAUAAUUAUUGUAACUGUUUGUUAAUAUUUGGUUUCAUAUGUAAAACUCAACAGCGAUAGUACUGAUUUCAAACUAUGUAUUUUUCUUUUUUAUCCCAAAUUAUUUGAAAUCGUCCCUUUAUGUUUGUUUAAAAAAAUAUAAUUUACUUGAGGAAUUUUAUUUUCCCUACUUACACUUGAUUUUGAUUAAGAGGCAAAUAUUUGAUUUGUUUAUUACUGUCCACAGUUAAUGGUCAGUCAUUUCAGCACAUUAGUAUUUAACACUUUUAUUUUUAAUGGACUUUCAGAGUCUAUUAUGCAUAUUAAACAUCAAUGGCAUUUCCUCAGAGAAUGUACCCAGAAUGUCACGUUCAUUACUAGCUCAAAAACCUUUCUUUAUCAUUGCUAUUAAGAAAAAAUAACACCAUUAUUCUUGCCAUUUAGUCUGGUGUGAUUUUAGGGUGCUGAAUAGUCCAUACAGUUAAAUCAAACCACUAGUUCGUCCAGAUGAGAUGCCCUCCUUUUGACAAAAGCAAUGGACACUUUCUAUGAAAUACAUCUUAAAUACCAAAAUUCGAUUUCGGUCUUUUUUUACACACACACAAAAAAAGGCAAAUUGCUGAUCAACCGAAGAGUUUGCCUGCUUCUCAUGUUUGCACUGCCAUAUCUGUUUUAUAAAAUAUUUAAAUGCUUUUUUCAACCGUUUCUUCGUAAAAGGUGAUUAGAUUGAGCCAGUGUAGUUGUCUCUAAACAUGUUUGUUUUGUAGUUACCGUUGAAACGAACAGAACGAGCAUAGAACCAUUUGAAUGAUGCUGUCCUUGAACCAACCAAAACGCUGCUGUGUGCUUUUUUUUUUUUUUUUGCAAUUCACACUGAAUGAUUUACCCUAACCCUGUGCUUCCAGUAGGUCACGUGACUGUCAUAAGGUUAGAGGUCUAAUUGUGAUCCACCAGUGAGAAUGUGCCAUUUCUUUUCGUGUUGUGAAUCCCAGUAUUGAUUCAGUGUAAAGUAGCCCAUUGGAGGACACUGUGUGACAUUGAUGUUUGUUUGUUUGUAUGUUACGUACAUCAGAUUGUCAAACAGUUAAAACUGUCAAUAUGAAACCAUCUAGUAUUAUAUGCGUUUAGGCUUUUUGGAUUCCACCAUGUUACUAAUACACGUUGUGCUCCUGAAAUCUACCGAUAUGACUAUCUACCUAUUUGGGCAUGGCCAUUUGUAAAUUUUAUGGGUCUGGCUUCCGGUUUAGCUGCUUGAUAUUGCAAAUUGGUGUGUCUUACCAUACUAUUUUAAUGUAUUAUCUUAAUUAUGAACACACUGGUUUGUAGUGCAAACAGUUUUACCGUACUGCGCAUUGUUAUUCUCCUCGCAGCUAGUGAACCGGAGGUCUCGCCCAUAGGCCCAUAUCCGCGGUGGAUAGGAGCUUGCUAGUUUUAUUUAAAGGGCAUUGUUAUGUAUAUGAAAUCAUGUUCAUGUCACAUCAAUAUGUGAUUGAUUUUGCCAUUAUUACAAAUUAUAUAGGUAUUCAUAGGCAUCAUAGCACAUAAUCAUGUGAAGUGUAAUCGCCAUUAUGAAAUAUGUGCUCAUUCUGUGCAUAUUUGCAUGAUUUCCUUAUUGUUAUUUUUUUCCAGAUCUUCAUGGAUGGCACAGAAACAAGUCUGUAAUCUGUUGACGUGAAUUGAAGAACGAAGGUUUUGUAAGAGCGAAAUCUUAUUGAGAGAAAUGAUGCAUACACGCAGAACCCGCGUUUCCAGCGCGUACCGUUGUCGUUUGUAAUGCACAGGCACGACUGUGUGAGGUUUUCCCUUUCCAUCCUGCUUGUUAACAUGUUUUAUCCUCUCAGGGAACUUGCUCUCAUUUCACUUUCUGCUAAAAGCACAACUCAACCUUAAAACUUGUUAGCGCAGAGUCUUCUUUAAUAGGCAAGGUAGCGCCAUCUGUUUACCCAUCGUGAGAUUAAGAAUUCAAGUGUGGCUGAUAUGCCUCAGUAUGUAGCUAAGUUCCUUUUCUUGAUUUACCUGAUAUCUCCUCAAGAUCCCUUUUCCAUCUUCGGUUUUUGUAUGAGACAGACAGAGCUGAAAACACUGGCAGAUGUGUUCAGAGAGUGUUGUGUGUGAGCCAUUUGAUUUUGAGUGGCUCAUAACAAUUAGUGGAAUGUACUAUUUAUACUGUAUUAGAAGGAAGCAACUGUACAUGCAAAUUUUACAUUGCCUAAAAUAUUUGAUUUAGACAUUAUUUCUGUCCCCUUAGGUUCUCCUGAAGAAUAUGAUUUUUCAAAUUAAGUUGACUCUGUCUACUUGUCCAAAGUCAAUGUGAUUGUUCCACAUCACAUCGUUCACUUAAGACUAUUUUAAGUUCUGGACUUUUCUUACAAUCCAGAUGUUUAUUAGCUAUUGGAAUAAAUAAUAAAAUUGUUGUACUCUGUCUGA